AUGGGUAACCAUGCACUCAUUUACGGUGCGUCAGGUAUUUCUGGGUGGGCCAUUGUAAACGCCAUCCUCAAUGGAUAUCCGUCCAAAGAUGCCUUCUCCAAGGUCACAGCAAUGGUGAAUCGGCCGUUGACACGGGAGAUGGCGCUCUGGCCAGAAGACACUCGUUUACAAAUAGUGUCUGGCGUGGAUCUUGUUAAGGGGACUCAGGAGGAGUUGGAGGCGCAGAUUAAAGAAAAGGUCAAGGAUGUUGAGACAGUAACUCAGGUGUAUUUUUAUUCGUACAAGCAAAUAGACGACCCUGAUUCGGAAUGCAAGGUAAAUGAAGCAAUGUUGGAGCGCGCAGUCACAGCCAUUGAUCACCUGUCGCCUCAACUCUCGUACGUGGUUCUUCCGACAGGCACCAAGAUUUACGGCUGUCAAAUGCUGGAUCAGUUCCCGUUCACAAACGACCUACCGCUGAAAGAGACGCUUCCACCUAUUCCUGAGCCAUACCUCUCUCAGCUCUUUUACUACAACCAGAUCGACUGCCUGAAGCGCAUUUCAGAAGGAAAGAAGUGGAAGUGGUGUGAAGUUCGACCGGACAACAUCAUCGGAUUCGUCCCAAACAACAAUGCCUACUGUCUGGCGCAAACACUCGCACUGUACCUCUCACUCUACCGAUUUGUCGAAGGCGAGGGCGCAAAGUGUCCAUUUCCCGGGAGUGAGAAGUCGUGGGUAAAUAAGUACAACGAAUCUCCACAAGACAUGGUUGCGCACUUUUCGAUACACGCAUCACUGCAUCCAGAAAAGACUGCGUCGCAGAGCUUCAAUGUGGGCGGUCAGGAAGACAGUUGGAGCGGGAAAUGGCCAGUUAUCUGCGAUUAUUUUGGGCUAAAAGGCACGGGGCCCGAGGAGGGCUCACCACAGCCUGGCGCAUACAUUGAUGCGCACAAGCAGCAGUGGCAGGAGUUGGAGAAGAAGCAUGGUCUCAAGCAGGGAAGCGUUGAUAGCGAUAUUACGCAUCCGGGAUUCCAGAACUUCAUCAUGACCAUGUUCGAUUUCGACCGCCAGAUGAGCAUGGAGGCUUCGCACAAGGUUGGGUACACAGAGGAGAUACGGACAAGAGAGGCGUGGACAACUGCUUUCGAUCGCAUGAGAAAGGCAAAGGUAAUUCCAUGA